AGCAACUAUUCUCAGUUUAACAACAACCCACUUUUGCUCUUCCUCUCCCGAUAUAGAAACUACCCUUUUUCAUCUCAUCUUCUUCUCUUUUUAAACUUCAACAUGUCUACAUUGCACUACCCAUUAGAACCCUUGUCACCCAGAUCUCAUAACUUUGUCUAGCAGAUAUAGUUUUGUCAUCAUCAACAACGAGAAGAAAGAAAACAUGGGUCGUGGAAAGAUUGAGAUCAAGAAGAUUGAAAACCCUACCAACAGGCAAGUCACUUAUUCCAAGAGAAGAAAUGGUAUUUUCAAGAAAGCUCAAGAACUCACUGUUCUUUGUGAUGCUAAAGUCUCUCUUAUCAUGUUCUCUAAUUCUGGACGGAAAUUCCAUGAGUUCAUUAGCCCUGGCACAACCACAAAGAAGAUAUUUGAUCAAUACCAGAAGACUUUGGGGAUAGAUCUGUGGAUUACUCAUUAUGAGAGAAUGCAGGAUCACUUGAAAAAAUUGAAUGAUAUCAACAAUAAGCUGAGAAGGGAUAUCAGGCAGAGGAUGGGUGAGGAUCUGAAUGAUCUUAGCUUUGAUGAGCUGCGUGGUCUUGAGCAAAGAAUGGCUCCUGCCUUGCAUAUGAUACGUGAAAGAAAGUACCAUUUCAUCGAAACUCAGACAAAUACCAAAAGGAAGAAGGAAAGAAAUUUGGUGGAAAGACAUAGAGAACUCCUACAGAGAUAUGAAGCAAACUGUGAGGAUCCACAGUAUGGUUUAGUGGACUAUGAAGGGGAUUAUGAAUCUGCAAUUGCACUUGCAAAUGGGGCAUCCAAUCUCUACUCGUUCCGCCUUCACCACGGCCACCCUGAGCCGCCUAACCUGCACCACGGAGGAGGAUUUGGAUCCCACGAACUCCGCCUUGCUUGAGUUGCACUGGAAAAAGCCACAUAUUCAUAUUGAUCUCCCUCCAUAAGCAUAAUCUAAUCUAAAUGCAUAUGGCAUCUAAUAGAAUAAGAACCAGCUGGUAUUCUACUUAAUCUUACUGCACUAUAUAUAUUAGUGUUUGUCUAAAUUGUUGAGCCAUUUUUAAUUUGUUUUUAUGUUGUUUUAGCUUUUGCUGUACAAUGGUACAGUGGGUGAAUGAAACUUUGCAACUCUUUGAUUAAUUAUAUGGAAUUUUUAUUUGCUUAA